AUGAGAGACCCCUUACUACAAAUGGCGGGCCUACCAGGAAUGAGAUCUCUUGGAAACGGUCCACUCCCUGACGAUGGAGUUGAUCGCACACCAACCCAAAGAUACCUUUACAACACCUUGGAAUUAUACGACAGUAAAAAUUGGUCGAAAGAUUUCCUAUCGACUGACGGACGAGGUCUUCUAGGUUGGGUUACCACGGAUAAUAUAUCGACAUCCACAUUAAAGGCCAAGAAACCAGUUGCCGAUUUUGUCCAGGAGCGGUAUUAUGGGGUCCCUACACUCGAAGAUAAGAUUCAGAUAUCCAUGUGCCAUGCGAUGGGAGAGUUUUGUUGGGUAAGAGGGUUUGCCGAAGCGUUGCGAAGACGAGAAAACGACGGUAGCCAAGAGGCGAAAGAGGUUUUGAUCGAUUUUCUCGGGUUCCUCAUCCCACGUGUCGUGUGGUGUGUGAAAUGUUGCAACCAGCAGUGGACGAGUGAUCGUAAUGGUCCUAUCAUUGAGAAGUCUUUGACGUGGUUGAAGAGAAACAAAUUGUUUCAUCCCUGCAUAAAGCAUAUCUCUAUAGAUUUCGACCCUAGAGAUGAAUUUAAUGUACCAUUUUUUGAGGAUUUUGUUGCUUUAUGCCGGUAUAUAUCAAGCGAUCUUCCCAACCUUGAUUCUGCAAUUAUCUGGUUGACGAUUGCUGAAGAUGAUUUCCAGGAGGUCUUGAAAUCUCCAAUGAGGUUCUCUUGGGUCCGAUCUUUUAGAGAAUUGCGAAUUAAGAAGGUUGAAAUAUGCCCGAUAUUGACCAAAUUGGGAGAAUCAGACGAGUCCAGGAGGUCUAGGUCACGAUAUGCCAUCAAUGUAAGGACUUCUUACUUUUGGGAUUUCCAUCAUGCUAUGCUUGGUUUAAGGAGCCUCCUUAUCAAUGAUUCGAAUAAUGAGAGAGAGUUAAUCACUCAUAUAUUGACCCCAGGUUCCAAGCUUUGGGGCUAUACUGAUGACAUUGAUGACGAUGCCUACAUCUCAUUACAGUAUAUGGAGAGCUGGCUUAGCUACACUGAUGAUAUUGCUGAUGACGCUUACAUUUCACUACAAUUUAUGGAAGGAUGGAACGAGAAACCCCUCAAGCCGUGUUGCUUUAGAAUAAUCGAGAAGUUUUGCAAACUUUUAAGACUACGAAGAUAUUAA